AAAACAAAAGGUAUAAGGGAGAGCCAGACAAAGGAAAAAUACUGGUAGGAUAGAGAAAUAAAUAAAUAAAGAAAAUGCAAAUAAAUGAGAUGGAAGUUGUAGGUGUUUGUGUUUCUCUGUAGAGGAAGUAGAAGCAGAGAGAAAGAGAGAAACAGAGGAGAAGUAGUUUCUCUCUCAUUCUUUCGUUCUUCAUACCCACCAAGAAAACCCACUGAAGCCAUUAAUCAUCAUGAAACACCCUCUGCACCCAGCACUCUCAAAAAGUAUAAUCUCUCUCCAUCAAAACCUUCCUUCCCUUAAAUUUACCUCUCUUAACUUCACAUGUCUCUCCAUCAGAAUCCCCACAUCCCCAUAACCAUGAAACCUCCUUUUCUUUUCUCUUUAGCAUUCUCCUUCUUCUACUCACUUCAAAUAUUUCUACCAGUCCUCUCUGCCACCCCUCCGCCUCUUCAACUCCGCGCUCUACUUUCUCUCAAGUCAUCCCUCCGAGAUCCUCUUGACACCUUCCAUGACUGGGAUCCCACCAAACCAUCUUCCACGCCUAGUUCCCGAGGUCCAGUUUGGUGUUCCUGGUCUGGCGUUAAAUGCGACCCUAGAACUGCUCAAAUCAUAAAGCUUGAUCUUUCUUGCCGAAGUCUUUCUGGAGUAAUUCCGAAUGAAAUCCGGCAUUUAAACAGCUUAAUCUACUUGAAUUUGAGCUUAAAUGCUUUUACGGGGCCUCUCCAAUCAGUCAUUUUUGAACUGUCUGAGCUCAGGACUAUUGAUAUCAGCCACAACAAUUUCAAUUCUACAUUUCCACCUGGGAUUUCCAAGCUCAAGUUCUUAAGAGUCUUCCAAGCAUACAGCAACAAUUUUACCGGUCCACUGCCAAAAGAGUUCAGCUUGCUUCGCUUUUUGGAGCGGCUGAACCUCACCGGAAGCUUUUUUCAAGGAGAGAUUCCCACGGAAUACGGUAGUUUGCCAAGAUUGAAGUUUCUGGGCUUAGCUGGAAAUUCGUUAGAAGGGCCGGUGCCACCCCAAUUAGGAUCCUUGGGCCUGCUUGAGCGAAUGGAGAUUGGAUACAACAGUAUGUUGACAGGGAGAGUACCAAAGGAGCUUGCAUUGUUAUCUAAUCUCCAGUACCUAGAUAUCUCAGGAUGUUCUCUCUCGGGUAAUAUCACGCAGGAACUCGGAAAUCUAACGAAACUCGAAGUUCUGUUACUUUUCCAAAACCAGUUUACUGGUGAAAUCCCGGUGAGUUUUACAAAUUUAAAAUCUCUAAAGGUUCUUGAUUUGUCUGAUAACCACCUUACGGGCAAGAUUCCAGUAGAAUUGUCUUCUUUGAAAGAGCUAACCAGAGUGAGCUUGAUGAAAAACCGAUUCAGUGGCGAAAUACCGGAAGGAAUUGGUGAGCUGCCAAAUCUUAACGCUCUGUUUCUCUGGAACAACUCUCUAACAGGUUCUCUCCCACAAAAACUCGGCUCAAAUGGCAAGUUACAGUGGCUGGACGUAUGCUCCAACUCUCUAAGUGGUCCAAUCCCACCAAAUAUUUGUCAAGGAAACAAGCUUUUAAAGCUGAUACUCUUCUCCAACAAAUUUAAUGGAAGUCUCCCAGAAUCACUAGCAAACUGUACCUCUUUGUCCAGGGUCCGAAUUCAAGACAAUCAACUUAACGGUUCAAUCCCAUAUGGCUUCGGGCUCUUGCAGAAUCUAACUUACUUGGACCUGAGCAAGAAUAGCUUCACGGGAGAAAUCCCUCACGAUCUUGGAAAUGCACCGCAGCUACAGUACUUAAACAUCUCCGAGAACUCUUUCCACAGUAAAUUGCCAAGCAACAUAUGGAGUGCACCCAAUUUACAAAUAUUCUCGGCCAGUUCAGGCAAACUCACCGGGAAAAUCCCCGAUUUUAUCGGGUGUAGCAAUGUGUACAAGAUCGAAUUGCAAGAUAAUUCGUUCGAUGGCGGCAUUCCUUGGGACAUUGGACACUGCGAGAAGCUUAUAUACUUGAAUUUGAGCCGCAAUUCCCUCACCGGCAUAAUCCCAUGGGAAAUUUCUACGCUUCCCGCGAUCACUGAUGCUGAUCUUUCUCAUAACUUACUGACGGGCUCAAUCCCUUCAAAUUUUGAAAACUGCACCACUUUAGAGAACUUCAAUGUGUCCUAUAAUCGCUUGACGGGACCUAUUCCGGGCUCUGGUAUAUUCCCAAACUUGCAUCCGUCGUCCUUUUUCGGCAACGACGGGCUCUGCGGCCACGUUUUAGCCAAGCCUUGCGCAGCAGACACGCUGUCCGUCGGCGAGGUCGAGAUUCACCGGCGUCAGCAGCCGAAGAAAACCGCAGGUGCGAUCGUGUGGAUCAUGGCAGCGGCGUUUGGUAUCGGGCUAUUCGUGCUCGUUGCUGGAACCAGGUGCUUUCACUCAAAUUAUAACCGCAAGUUCAACGACGAACGAGAGAUAGGGCCGUGGAAAUUAACAGCCUUUCAACGCUUGAAUUUCACGGCGGAUGAUGUGCUCGAGUGCCUGUCCAUGACCGAUAAGAUAAUAGGAAUGGGUUCAACUGGUACAGUUUACAAGGCCGAGAUGCCAGGUGGCGAGACCAUAGCAGUGAAGAAGCUGUGGGGCAAGCACAAGGAAAAUAUCAGACGGAGGAGAGGGGUGCUAGCUGAGGUGGAUGUGUUGGGAAAUGUGAGGCAUAGAAAUAUAGUGAGAUUGUUAGGGUGCUGCAGCAACAGAGACUGCACGAUGCUUCUGUACGAGUACAUGCCAAAUGGAAAUUUAGAAGAUCUAUUGCAUGGAAAAAACAAGGGAGAAAAUCUAGUAGCUGACUGGUUUACACGGUAUAAGAUUGCUCUAGGCGUGGCUCAGGGGAUAUGUUAUCUUCACCAUGAUUGUGAUCCGGUGAUAGUGCAUCGCGAUCUCAAGCCAAGUAAUAUCCUAUUGGACGGUGAGAUGGAGGCUAGAGUGGCGGAUUUUGGGGUGGCCAAGUUGAUACAAAGCGACGAGUCCAUGUCGGUAAUCGCCGGAUCUUAUGGUUACAUUGCUCCAGAAUAUGCUUAUACACUACAGGUAGACGAGAAGAGUGAUAUUUAUAGCUACGGUGUGGUGUUAAUGGAGAUUAUUAGCGGGAAAAGAUCAGUUGAUUCUGAGUUUGGAGAUGGUAAUAGCAUAGUGGAUUGGGUAAGAUCUAAGAUCAAGACAAAGGAUGGUAUCAUUGACAUUUUGGACAAGAACGCUGGGGCAUCUAUAGCAUCUGUAAGGGAGGAAAUGAUGCAAAUGCUUAGAAUUGCACUCCUAUGCACGAGCCGGAAUCCGGCCGACCGACCCUCGAUGAGGGAUGUUGUGUUGAUGCUCCAAGAAGCCAAGCCUAAGAGGAAAUUGCCUGCAAGUGUAAUUAGCAGCGGGGUUGGGGUUGGGGUUGGUGAUAACUUAGUUACUUCUGCUGGUGCUAUUGCACAAAAGCCUUCAGUGGAAUGUUAAUAUGAUUAUUUUCACAUUACUGGCUUCAUCUUUUUCUCUUUUCUUUCUUUUCUUUUUUUUUUCUUCUAAUUUUUAAAUCGUUCUUUUAUGUUAUAUUUCAAAUGCAGGGGGGAUUGGUAUAGGAGAAGUGCUUUUGCUUACUUUAUUUUCCAAUGAAAAUUUCAAGUGUUAUUGUUCUAAA